UACCUACUUGCUCCCGAUGCGGAGAUAAAACGCUUCGGCACCAAAUGCGCCAGCUGUGAGGAGGGUAUCCCACCCUCAGAAGUCGUGCGCAAAGCUCACAACCAUGUCUACCAUUUAGACUGCUUUGUCUGUUACUCCUGUUCACGUCCUCUCAACACAGGUGAUGAGUUCUACCUGCUGGGCAAUCGACGACUCAUGUGCAAGGAGGACUUUAACAUGGUCAAGGCGCAAGAAGCAGAACUGGAAAAUGUGAACAAAAGGCCGCGGACAACCAUAACGGCCAAGCAGUUGGAAGCUCUGAAGAGAGCCUAUGCCGAUGGCGCCAAACCCUCACGGCACAUCCGCGAACAACUCAGUGCAGAGACGGGCCUUGAGAUGCGCGUCGUACAGGUCUGGUUCCAGAAUCGCCGGUUAGUUUAA